AUGGCCACGGCACAAAGACUUCUCAUCACUAUGUCCUGCGACGCCAGCGCUCACUGGACGUUGCCUGCGUUCCUUCUCCUGGGUUUGCUAGCCGGGAUUGCUGCCACACACCCAGUUGUAAGCAGAACUAAUGGCACAUUGCUGGAGAGAGGAUGGCAAUCUCUGCUGUCCAGGUCCAUGGCUGGGAUGUCAGGGGAGAAGGCAGAUGUGAACUGGGAGAGUGACUAUUUGCUAGGAAUCAAGAGGCAGCGGAGGCUUUACUGCAACGUGGGCAUCGGGUUUCACCUUCAAAUCCUCCCAGACGGAAGGAUAAGCGGAGUUCACAAUGAAAACCAAUACAGUCUCUUUGAAAUAUCCACUGUAGAAAGAGGUGUUGUAAGUCUGCUUGGUGUGAAAAGUGCUCUCUUCAUUGCAAUGAACAGCAAAGGCAGGUUGUAUGGAACAGCUGUUUUCCAAGAUGAGUGCAAAUUCAAGGAAACCUUGCUGCCCAAUAACUACAACGCAUAUGAAUCCAAUGUUCACCGCGGCGCUUACAUAGCCCUGAGCAAACACGGCAAGGUGAAGAGAGGGAACAAGGUUUCUCCUGCCAUGACAGUGACCCACUUCUUACCAAGAAUAUGA